ACAGAAAAGCCGUCCUUCGUUGUCGCUAUCCUGAGAGUCCGCGACCUAAUUUUUUUUCUUAUUUCCCUUAUAUAUAAGGGCAGCUCUAAACAACGGUGUUUGGUUAUACUUCUUCUGGAUUUGAAGCGAGAAAGCACAAGCGAGUGCUAAGAUGAAGGUCGCCUUGGUUUCUUUGCUUUUCAUCGCCAUCGCUGUGGUAAGUGUGUCUGCAACGUCACCUCCCAACUGUGCCGCCGUGACAUGUGACCCCGCAACGUGCCAAGUCUUUCGAUGCAGAUGCGGUAGCUACAAGGACUACUGUGGCUGCUGCGACAUCUGUCACACGUGUCCCGGCGAAGAGUGUACCAUCCUGUUCAGAGAUUCCUGUACCGAUGGCUACAACUGUACCCUGGACAAUCCCGAGCGAUCAUUCCUUACCGGUGGCAGCGGACACUGCAGGAGUCCCAACGAAACAAUCGAAGGACACGACAACGUGGAUGGGCAUCCGGAAAUACACAGCUUCAUUUAAAACGUGUCCACGCUUUAAAUGAAGCGCCAAAGUCACGAUAAUAAAAGUACAACCGGCA